AUGAAACCGCCGACAUUCCUUGGCGGAAUUGAACCGUUGAAAGCAAAGACGUGGUUACUUGAAAUGGAAAAUUUAUUUGAAGUGUUUUCUUGUUCUGAAGUCCAGAAAGGCCUCCUAGCCACCUAUACUCUGAAGGAUGAAGCCCGAAGGGAUCGGAAAGUGUCAGAGUUUGAAGAACUUAAACAGGGGAGAAUGUCUGUAGCUGAAUAUAAAGCCAAAUUCACUAAACUAGCACGGUUUGCUCCACAUAUGGUAGAUACUGAUUACAAGAAAGCACGAAAAUUCGAAGGCGGACUGGAUUUAGAAGUGUUUGAUCGGGUAGGCGUAUUGAAAUUACCUACUUAUGUGGAAGUUUUAAACAAAUCCUUAAUGGCAGAAGCCACCCUGGCCACGAUGAAACAAAGUAAAGCCCCAGUAACCACAACAACUGAUUGGAGAGGAAAAAGGUCUAGGUAUGGUUUUAGAAGAGGCCGGUCUCAUAUGAGUAAGAAGCAGAAUACAGGGACUACAAGCAGCUCGAGUCAGAGCAGUGGGUCUAUUCCGACAGGUCAUGCAGUGAAGGAUUGCCUACCUGGGUCUGAGAAUACUAGCCGUCCUAUGGUGAGUUCAGUUGGAUCCGCUUCUACAGCCAAAACAAAUGCAAGGGCUAAUACUGGGAAAAAGCCUCUGAGACAAGGUCGAGUGUUUGCCUUAGUGCCCGGUGAUGUACAAAACAUCGAUACUGUGGUGUCAG